CUCUACACUCCACGCUUCCACGAUCACUACCACCACUAUGGCCGACGCCGGUGCGCCACCCGAGAUGUCCAAGCGGGCCGCCGAAAAGGCCCGCAAGAAGGCUGAAGCCGCCGCCAAGAAAGCCGCCCAGAAAUCUGAAGCUGCCCUCAGACCCAAGCCCGCUGCCUCCUCCACCCCCGCCAACAUUUUCGAGGAAGGCUGGUUGAAGCGCGUCUACAACGAGAAGCCCGUCAAGGAGGUCCGCACUCGUUUUCCGCCCGAGCCCAAUGGUUACCUGCACAUCGGUCACGCCAAGGCCAUCGCGGUCAACUUUGGAUUCGCAAAGAACUACGAUGGCAUCUGCAUACUUCGCUUCGAUGAUACCAACCCCGCCAAGGAGGAGGAAAAAUACUUCACCUCGAUCAAGGAAAUGGUGUCUUGGUUGGGCUUCAGCCCUCACCAGAUCACCCACAGCAGCGACAACUUCGACAAGCUGUACGAACUGGCCGAGGAGAUGAUCAAGAAGGACAAGGGUUACGUGUGUCACUGCACCAAGGAGGAGGUCAACCGCCAACGCGGCGAAAACAAAGGCGGCGAACGCUUCGCCUGCUCCCACCGUGACAGGCCGAUCGAAGAAUCUCUCACGGAAUUCCGUGCCAUGCGCGACGGGAAAUACAAGGCCGGUGAGGCGCUUCUGCGGAUGAAGCAGAGCUUGGUGGAUCAAAAUGAAGGCAAUCCUCAGAUGUGGGAUUUGGCAGCGUAUCGCGUUGUCGAGAAGAACCACCACCACCGUACGGGCGGCAAGUGGAAGAUCUAUCCUACCUAUGACUUCACUCACUGCAUUUGCGAUGCUCUCGAGAACAUCUCGCACUCGCUGUGUACUACCGAGUUUCAGCAGUCGCGCAUUUCCUACGACUGGCUGCUGGAGAUUUUGGACAUGAAGGUUCCAAAGUCGGAAGAGAAGGGUCCGAUGCAGAGAGAAUAUGGCCGUCUCAACGUUGAGGGCACCAUCCUCUCCAAGCGCCGCAUCGCCAUGCUCGUUGAGGGAUGCACUGUGGAGACAAAGAACGCCGAUGGUACCACAUCCACCAAGACCAUCCCCCCUGCUGUCCGUGGCUGGGAUGACCCGCGUCUCUACACUCUCGUUGCUCUCCGUCGUCGCGGUAUCCCCGCCCAGGCCCUCCUCAGUUUCGUCCAGGAACUCGGUGUUACCGACGCUCUCACUAGCAUCCAGACUGUGCGUCUUGAGAACACUGUGCGCAAGUACCUCGAGCGUAAUGUUCCGCGUCUUUCCCUUAUCCUCGACCCGAUCAGGAUUGUCGUUGAGGACCUGCCCGAAGACCAAGCCGGCGAGCUUUCGGUGCCCUUCGACCCGAAGAAGCCCGAGGGCGAUAAGCGCACCGUUACGUACUCGUCCACCGUUUACAUCGACCGCUCCGACUUCCGGGAAGAGGAUGACCCCAACUUCUUCCGUCUCGCACCAGGUAAGACGGUCGGUCUCCUCAACCUUCCCUUCGCUGUACGCGCCACCACCUUCACCAAGGAUGCCGAGGGCAAGGUCACGGAGAUCCGCGCCACCAAGGUUGAGGGCGAAAAGCCCAAGGCCUACAUCCACUGGGUUGACGCGCGCCCGGGUUUCCACCACACGGUCGUCGCGCGCGAGUACAACGCGAUUUUCAAGGCCGAGGAGCCCAACGGCCUGGACUGGAAGAAUGGCGGCUACGCUGACGAUUUGAACCCUAACAGCGAGGUCCUACACAAGGGCGCUGUUGUCGAGAAGGGCCUGGACGUCUUGACGGCCAAGCAGGACACGAAGCCUGCGGGCGGCAGUGACGCGCUGGUCAGGUUCCAGGCUAUGCGCACGGCAUACUUCUGCAUUGACCCUGAGAGGGAGGGUGACAACGUCGUAUUGAACCGCAUCGUGACGCUUAAGGAGGACAAGGACAAAUAAAUAGGGUUGAGCCUGCAUCACCGGCCCAUUGUUUGUUUUACUUGCUUUAUAUACUCCAUUGCCAUGCGUGAAGAGUAGUCAGUUUAGAAUAGACAUGAUGAAAAUGAAGAUAUCUUGGUUUGUUCCAGAC